AUGCGCAGCAAAGUACCAGUAGGCAAGUCCUCACCUCGUCCUCACGUGCAGUUUAAUAACUACGGGCGAAUUAACUCGCCCGGCGAUGACAUCCGUGUAGCCAUGGCGAAGAACGCGAGCAAGGCGGCAAGUCCUACCGCCGCCUCCGGUGCGAGCUGUGACGAGGACGACGGAGACGAAGCGAACGGCGACGACGCCGAGGAGGAUUGGCCGAAGAACGGCCACGACGACAGCGCUUCAGGCGAUGAUGUAGGUCCUGCUGACAUCGAGGAGGACGAGUGGUGGAAUCGGCCGGUCGGGAGCGACGACGAGGUGGAAGAGUGGCAUGCUGGUGAUUCUGACAACGACGGAGGUAAAGAUGCGCAUGGUAACAACGCGGAGGCAGCGGCGGAUGCACAGGAAGCGGCGGUGGAUGCGAAUGAGGAGGCUGACGACGAGGCGGGGGCGGAACUUGAGACAUUUGCGCCUGCGGAUGCGGCCGCAGUUGCGGAUGCGGAAGGCGAGGAAGGCGGCGACGACGACCCAUGGAGCUUUGGGACCGACGAUGACGUCCCGCUACUGAAGCGGAGGCUGCGCCAUCGCCUACAGUCCAAGUCAAAGCGGGCCCGCGUGGUGCUCUCUGACGACGACGGUCCGGGGGAGGAGCGUCGCCCGAUACUCACCGCUGCGGAGAAGGGGAAAGUCAAGGUCGCGGAAGCCCCUGCUAAGGCCCCUGCUAAAGCCCCUGCUCGUCGCCGCACAAGCAACAAGAAGCUGACAUCCGACGGAGACCCGGGAUCCAGCAAGGGUGCGGCUAAGAAGAAGGCGAAGAAGGCGCCGAAUCCUGACGACAUCGUCGUGAACGAGCCGCUGGGCAGCGACGAUGAGUACGCGGCGGCGGCGGGCCCGAUUCCCACGUUCCCUGAGAAGGACAACGGGUGGAUGGACGAGACCGCUGUGCAGACCUGGCUUUCCAAGGAGGUGCUGCCCCAUCUGAACCCCCAGCGCGGCCAGAACGCAAGGCGGGCGAUGCUAGUGUUGGACUCCUACCGCGGUCACAUCACCCAGACCAUGCUUCAGUCGUACCGCACGCACAGCAUCACCCCUGCAGUCAUCCCAGCGGGUUGUACGAGCCAUAUUCAACCCCUGGACGUCUCCAUCAACCGGUGCUUCAAGGCUGCUGUGCGAGCGCGCUACACCAGGUGGUUCAUGCGUGAAGGGAUUCACCUGAAGACGAAGAAGGGGAACCUGCGGAGGCCUCCGCACCCCGUGGUGCUGCGGUGGAUCGCGGAGGCUUGGGAUCAAGUCCCCAAGCAGAUCAUCAUCGACGCGUUCCGCCACUGUGGGAUCUCGAGCAAGCUGGACGGAACAGAGAACCACCUGGUGAUGUCUCACCUGCGCGCCAGGAGCACCACCGAUGUCUCCGCGGACAUGUCUCUCGGGGGGACCACAGGCGACAACACGCGCCUGCUCGGUCGAGCUCCAGAGGAGGAGGAGGAGGAGGAGGAGGCGAUGCAGGCGGAGGGCGUGCGGGAGGUGGCCGUGGCAACCGGCCUGGAGGUGCUGUACCAGGAGACCCCCAACUACCGCGGAGCGGCGGCCGAGGCUGACCGCAUGAUCGAGCCUAGGGAGACGGCUAGGCAUGCCUGGCGAGUGCCAGACCUGGGUGUAGAGCCUGAUGUUAGUGCAGGUGAGGAGGCGGUGACUGAGGGGGGUUAA